UCAGAGUUCUAGUCUUUCACUUUACUAUAUAUAGUCUGCUCAUUUUCAUCUGAAUUUCAUACAAAGAAAAUAUAGAAAUUCCUCUGUUUUUCUCUUCUUCCCCAAUUUCCUACAAACCCUAACCCUAGAUCUCGUUUUAGCAAUGGCGACUGAAGAUGCAGCUAUAACAAUUGAGCUUGUGUCUGAACCGGCGGUGGUAGCUGAGCCGGCGACGGAAGAAAAUCCUCCGGUAGUGACCGAUGAGCCGAAGAAGGAGAAGGAGACUAAGGCGAAGAAAUCAGCUGCUCCGAGGAAGAGGAAUCCUCCUACUCAUCCUUCCUACUUUGAGAUGAUUAAGGAGGCGAUUGUGACGCUGAAGGAUAAAACCGGAUCGAGUCAGUAUGCGAUCCAGAAGUUUAUUGAAGAUAAGCAGAAGAAUCUGCCACCAAAUUUCAGGAAACUGUUGCUUGUUCAAUUGAAGAAGCUUGUUGCUUCUGGAAAGCUUGUUAAGGUGAAGAGCUCCUACAAACUUCCAGCUCCCAAGGCUACUGCUGCUCCUGCUAAGAAGAAACCGGCAGCCAAACCAGCAAAGAAGGCAACCAAAGCUAAGCCGAAGCCAAAACCAAAAUCUGCUGCUCCAAAGGCUAAAGCUGCAACGAAACCAAAAUCUGCUGCUAAAGCUGUUGUGAAACCAAAACCCGCAGCGAAGACUAAGGCAGUUGCUGCAGCAAAGGCGAAAACAGCUGAGAAGGUGAAGAAAACUCCUGUGAAAACUAAGGCAAAGGCAGCGCCGAAGGAGAAGCCGGCUAAGGUAGCAAAGACACCAACAAGGUCGACUCCGUCGAGGAAAGCCGCACCUGCGGCAAAGCCAGCGGCUAAAAAGGCACCGGUGAAGAAAACUCCGGUGAAGAGUGUGAAAGCUAAGAGUGUCAAGUCGCCGGCGAAGAAGGCAUCUGUUAGAAAGGCUAAGAAGUGAGAUUGUAGGAGGAGGAGGGUAGUUAUGUAAAUUUUCCGAACUUUGUGGGUGGUUUGUAUGUGCGGCCCAAUAUAGAGAUAAUAGUAUUUUAAUUUCCAGUGUAAUUUUCCUUUUUAGUUUUAUAAUAAUCCUUUUCAGUUUGA